GCUUCGGUAAGACUAGGAAAUUAUGUGAAAUCCAACAGCAUCUCUCGUGACCGUGGACACACAGAGACGUUAUCCCCAGAGGCCUCAGCAGCCUGCAGAAUAUGGAGAAUGACCAGCACCCUGGAAGUUCAGCCUGGAACAGGUGUCUUGAUGCCCACCACAGAGAGAAAACAGAAACUGAAGCAGGAGCAGCAGCCCCUCUCCAUCCCAAUACCUUCAGCACAAAACCAGAGAAAGACUUGAAUUUCUGCAAUGACCCAAGCUCCAACUCUUCCAUGACUACGAAAGAGCUCCAGGAAUAUUGGAGGAAGGAGAAAUGUCACUGGAAACCAGUCAAACUGCUUUUUGAAAUAGCAUCCACCAGAAUUGCAAAAAAAUAUUCUUCCAAAUAUGUGAUGUACAAAAUCAUCGUCAUCCAGACAGGCAGUUUUGACAGCAACAAAGCCAUCCUGGAGAGGCGGUACUCAGACUUUGAGGUGCUCCACAAAAACCUCCUGAAGAAUUUCAGUGAAGAAAUUGAAGAUAUCAUCUUCCCCAAGAAAUACCUGACAGGCAACUUCACAGAGGAGAUGAUCAGUGAGAGGAAGCUCGCCUUCAAGGAGUACCUGAGUCUUCUGUAUUCCAUCAAGUGUGUCCGCCGCUCCAGGGAGUUCAUCGACUUCCUCACCAGAGCAGAGCUGAAGGAGGCCUAUGGCUGCCUCAGGGCAGGGCAGUAUGUCAAGGCCUUGGAUAUUUUUAUCCAGGUGGUGCCCUUGCAGGAGAAACUCACCCGCCACUGCCCCUCUCUGGUGAUCCCUUCCCUGUGUGCCAUGCUAGUGUGCCACCGAGACCUGGAGCGCCCUGCAGAGGCCUUUGAGGUUGGGGAGAAAGCUCUUCUCCACUUGCAGACCCGCUCCAGCCAUAAGUACUACGGCCCUUUGCUGGAGGCCAUGAUCCAUCUGGCCUACAUGCUAGGGAAGGACUUCGUGUCUUUGCAGGAGAAACUGGAAGAACACCAGCUCCAGAAGGCCCCAGCCAAAGGAAUCACCUUGAAAGAGCUCUCUGUCCGAGAGUACCUACACUAAACGCAGUGAUAAUGAUAGUAGCUCGCAUUUCUGUAUGGCUUUGCUGCCAAGUCAGGUCAAGUCAACAAGGAUUUAUCAAACUUUUACUAUGUGCCAGGAGCCAUACUGAGCACUGGGGAUUCGAAGACAGGUAAAAACUAUCUCUCCCCCUAGCAGGGGAGACAACAUAGAACCACAUAGGUAAAUAACAGGUAGAUAGACAAAAGAUUAGAGCAGAUAUAAGAUAUAAGAUACAAAGAGCAGAUAUAAGAAACCGAGAGGGGAAGGCAAUAGCAGCUGAAGGGACUGAGGACUCCCGGAGCAAGUGGGAUUUGAGUUGGGCCUUGAAGAUAGGAAGAGAAACUAAGAGGCACAGGUGAGCAUUCCAGCAUGGGGUACCACUACUAUAAAAGUAUGGAGAGGCCAUUGGGUGUCCUACGCAAGGCCACUGUUGCUAGAACAAAGAGAGUGUGGUGGAGAAUAAGGGGUAAGAAGACAGGAAGGCAACUUCAAAAACUUUUUAUUUUCACAACAAACCUACGAGGUAGUUGGGGCACAGUGGAUA